AUGUUUUCCGUCAUCAUUCCCGGCAGGCCCUGUCUGACGGACAUUGUCCCGGUCGAUGCACAGCCCAACGGCCAAGCCACAAAGUUCGCAUUCACAUUCCCCCUGGACCCAUCCUUCACCGAGAUUGUCGUUUUCUUCUUGCCUGGCACGGUUCUCCCGCAGGACACCGCAGCCGCAAUCUAUGUCCAAUUCCCCGGUUCAGAGUUCCGCUUGAUAGGGGGCCUUGUGAAUGAGAAACCAUCGUCGGUGUUUAAGGUUCGACCGCCACAGCGCACAGGGCCCCAAGAUGACAACGAGAUGCUGGACGAGGGCUCCAGUAAUCCAGCAGGAGGCGCAGCAGCAACCGGGAUGGUGACGCUAGGGAUCUCAAUCGAACCGGUCCAGAAUGUUGCGCCACAGUUGGCUGCGUUGGAGGCGGAGACGCCUGGUGCGACACCGUCGACAGACCUCGUGCGGCAAACGAGACGGCAAAAGGAGGUGACCACGAAGGUCUUGGCUCAACGCAUUAUCGGGAAUGCGUUCAAUUUCCUCGCCAGCUUUGCCUCGUCGGAUCCGAGCAACAAGGGUCAAGACGUUGUUCCUCUGAAGGCUUUCAGGGACUGGUGGACAAAGUUCGAGCGUCGUGUUGAUAUGGAUCCGACGUUCUUGGAGCGUGAGGACCCGAAUACUACGGGGUGA